AUGGAAGAACAAAAAGAAGAAGCCUCUUCUGAAAGAAUAUUAAGUAGUGAUGAAUUCAAUCUUAAUCAACUUGAGGAUAAUGAAAAUGAGUGGGUAAUUAACCUUGAUGAAAUUAAUCCUAAUGAAUCAGCUAGUAAUAUUUUAGAGACUAGUCAGGCUUCAAAUUCAGAGACAAAUAUUUCAUUAGGAAGUAGUAGAGUGUGGUUUGUAUCUUCUUUACGAAAAUAUCUUCAAACAUAUCAACUUCAAACACCUACAAAAAUACAAAAAAUUAAAAAUAAUAUUACAACUUCUUAUAAUAGACAAGAACAAAAUGAAUAUGAUAAAUAUCUUAUUCAAUGGCUUAUAUACGAUCUUCAGCCUUUUACUGUUGUUAACAAUACUUCUUUUAGAAGUUUUAUUAAAUUUUUUUGUUUGCGUUAUGUUAUUCCUGAUCAAUAUAAAGCAAAAU